AAAAAAUGGCCGACAAGAGAAGUUCUGUUGACAAGGACGGCUCCCCUGACGGGGUCUCCGCAUUUGAACCAGAAUCAUCUUCCUGGAUCCAAUCAAAGCUGAAAGUCGAAUUAAAAGGAAUCGAGCGAGUGACUGAGGAAGAGCGUUUGCAUGAUACGACGAAAUUCUGGAAUGCCUGCACAUUUUGGUUGAGCGCGAACAUGGCAGUCGCUACCCUUAACAUCGGCUCGCUAGGCGGUGCUCUUGGCCUUCCAUUCUGGGACAGUUUCGCUGUUAUAUUGGUGAUCAAUGUUGUCAGCAAUCUGCUACCUGCGUGGACAGCUGCAUUUGGGCUGACAGGUUUACGGAUGACGACUUUCUCUCGCUACUCAUUCGGUUAUUGGGGAAACCUUUUAGUCGUCGUUUUCUCCAUGGUUGCAACAACCGGCUGGAAUGCUAUUAAUUCGAUAUCCGGCGCGGUUGUUCUCAACGCCCUAUCAGACGGACGGUGCCCGACCUGGGCAGGAGUGAUAAUUAUUUGCACUAUUGUUUGGGUGGUAUGCACACUCGGCAUAAGCUGGAUUCAUCGCCUUGAUGUGUUUGCUUGGAUUCCGCCGUUGAUUGUUUGGUGUGUAGCUGCCGGUACUGGCGCUUCGCAGCUAACAGGAGUCGACAACAACCCAUCUAGCGGGGCGGAUAGGGCAGCCCCAGUUCUCACCUUCAUGGCAAGUAUAUUCUCGUUUGCAGUUUCGUGGAUCAACUGCGCGGCCGAUUUCAAUGUGCGAAUGCCGGUAAAUACUCCGCGUUGGAAGAUAUUCAGUGCCACGUACGUGGGUAUUUUCGUACCCACUGUCCUGGUGCAAACGUUGGGGGCCGCGCUAUAUUCUGGGACUAUUAAUCAUCCCGAAUGGAAGCAGGCCUAUGGAGAGUCUGGCGUGGGAGGGUUGCUUAAAAUGGCGUUGGAACCAGCAGGAGGAUUUGGAAAAUUCCUCAUGGUUCUUGCGGCGUUGAGCGCAGUGCCAAACAACAUUCCGAAUAACUAUUCCUUCGCUCUCCACGCACAGAACUUUGGACCGUGGGCACUGAAGAUUCCUCGGGUCGUGCUCGUAACAUUUGGCUUCGUUGCCGCGAUCGUCAUCGGGUGCUGCGCAGCUGAGUACUUCGACGAUACACUGCAGACUCUUCUGAGUGUCAUCGGAUAUUGGACAGUGAUUCACAUCACUUUAGUUAUGGAAGAGCAUUUCAUGUUCCGAGGUGGGUGGAAAGGGUAUGAUCUCGACGCUUGGAAUGACCGACAGUAUUUACCGUUCGGGUGGGCUGCCAUAGCGGCAUUUGCCUUUGGCUUCGUAGGGGCCGCUCUAGGCAUGAAGGUUGCGUGGUACGUAGCACCAAUCGCUUCGUUGAUUGGUGACUCUGGAGCAAACAUUGGCCACGAGCUGACAUUUGCAUUUUCUGCCAUCACCUUUCCGGUUUUUCGUUGGUUGGAGAAGCGUUAUACCGGCCGCUGAAGCCGAGCAUGUGCGAGUUCGAACCCUUAUUAUAGCUUGAGAGUACUGCCCUGUCUUUGCGAGUCUGAUAGUAAUUGUAAUUUCUUUUCAGUAUGUUAAGCUGCCUGCAUAUAAUGUCAAUUAAUCCCAUCCGGAAGAGGAUAAUCCUGGGAGAAGAACGAGAAAUUAGGCGCUAAAUCCCAACUUCCAUUAG